UUUGGCCCUUGAGCAAUGGAUCACAUGGCACGCACUAUCAGGGGGGAACCAGGCAUCGCACAGCUGCACCGUGCGGGGGAGAGGCUCGCCGGCCAGCCUGUCACCCAAACAGCUGAUACCGGGCGGCGCGAGUCUCACCUCAACAACAUGGCUUCCAGUGACAAGAAACCCUCACCUCCCACCUACAAGGAUGGAGCAGCACACUUUGACAUGGGGGAACAUACCCUUCGCGUACCCAUGUCGCUGCAUGCGGAGAACCGGCAGCGACUGGUGAAGGCCCUGGCGAGUCAAGGCCUUAGUCAGGGCAGUGUGGUGUUGCUUCAGGGUGGCGAUGACACCACGCGUUACUCUGGCGAUGCUGAGAAUGUGUUCCGCCAGGAGACGUACUUCCACUGGGCCUUCGGUGUGCAGGAGCCUGGCUGGUACGGCGCUGUGGACGUGGCUACAGGAAGGACGAUUCUCUUCUGCCCGCGCCUACCUGCCGAGUACGCCACCUGGAUGGGAAGGAUCAAGCCCCCUCAGGAGUUCAGGGAGCGCUACCAGGUGGAUGAAGUGCGCUAUGUGGAUGAGAUAGCCGACGUGCUGAGGGAGAUGUCAGGACUUGAUGGAACUCUUUACACGUUGCGCGGCGUGAACACGGACAGCGACAAGACCACUCUGGAGGCGGCCUUCGACGGGAUAUCCAGGUUCCGUGUGAAUAAUAGCGUCCUGCACGACCAAAUAGCGGAAUGCCGCGUGCACAAGACCAAGGCAGAGCUGGAGGUGCUGAGGUUCGCCACCCGAGUGUCCGCCGCUGCCCACCGCAACGUGAUGCGCAAGAUCCGUCCCGGCAUGAAGGAGUACCAGCUGGAGGCGCUCUUCCAGUACCACAGUUACUACCAUGGGGGCUGCCGGCACCAGGCCUACACCAACAUCUGUGGCUCCGGGUGCAACGCUGCCACGCUUCACUAUGGCCACGCUGGUGACCCCAAUGCCAGAACCAUUGACGAUGGGGAUAUCUGUCUCUUUGACAUGGGAGCCGAGUACUACGGCUACACCAGUGACAUCACCUGCUCCUUCCCGGCCAACGGCAAGUUCACUGACAACCAGAAGCUGAUUUAUAACACCGUGUUGCGAGCGUCCCAGGCAGUGAUGGCGGCAGUGAAGCCAGGAGUGUCCUGGGUGGAGAUGCACCGCCUGUCCUACCGCACAAUGCUGGAGGCCCUCAAGGAAGGUGGCGUGGUGCAGGGGGAUGUGGACGAGAUGAUGGAGGCCAACCUUGGGGCAGUGUUCCAACCACAUGGUCUGGGCCACUUGCUGGGGCUGGAUGUGCAUGACGUGGGUGGCUACCUGGAGCAGAACCCGCCCCGCCCCACACAAGCUGGCUUCCGCUCCCUCCGCACCGCCAGAAUUCUGGAGGAAAACAUGGUGCUCACCAUCGAGCCGGGAUGCUACUUCAUUGAUCAUCUGCUGAACCAAGCGCUGGCCAACCCUGAGCAGGCUCGCUUCCUGGUGCCCGAGGCCAUUGAACGCUUCCGUGGGUUUGGCGGUGUGAGGAUCGAGGACGACAUUGUGAUCACUGCUGAUGGGAUGGAGGACCUGGCUGGGGGCACCAUUCCUCGCACUGUGGAAGAAAUAGAGGCCUUGAUGGCUGAGGGUCAGCAGGAGGAAGUGUUUGUGCCGCAGCUGCACGCCCAACAGAAGCUUGGCCAGUGAGGCAGAGCAGCUCAGGCUUGUCAGUGUUGCCAUUAGCUCCCCCUAUUCACGGGGCAACACUGGUAACUAUAACCUAUGGUGCCUGGAAAAAGUCCCACCAGCCACAUUUAUUUACUAUCUCCUUAUGCCAAAUACUCUUCAUACAGGGCAAGAUUGAUGCUGAUGAAGAGAACUUUGUAUAAUGCAGUUAAUACAUAAAUGUGGUUGGUAAGGACUUUUAGAGGCACCACACUUCAACUAUGGAUUGGUGAACCAGUAUGGGAGAAACUUAUUUGAAUGUGGUACAAGUGAUGUAGGGUUAUGUAUUACACUACUCGGGAGAGAGGUGUCCAAUUAAAUUGCUCUACAGCAUUGUUAUUUGUUUUGGAGCUGUAUUUGCAGUAAGUGAAAAUCCACCUCUCUCCUGGCUAAGUGCCAACUCCAGUCUUCAUGUUACUUAAAGUGGGAUAUUGUUAUUCUGUACAAGUGUCUGGUGCUGUGAAAUUCAGGGAUGACCAUUGUGUUGUGUUUGCUCCCUGUCUCAGUCCAUAUUGCCCAAGGGCUCAAACAUUGGUCUUUGGCAAGCUCUUCAAAGUAUUUCAGCACAAUUCAAAAAAUGUAAAUGGAAGUUAAUAUGGACUAUCUUGAACAAGGCUUGGUGAAGGUUAUUAUAAUAACUGAGAUUGAAAUAAUCAUGAACAAUACUCUAUGCAGCCUAACGCUGAUUCAGUAUAUCACCAAAACAGAAAAACAUUAGAUUUAAGCACGGCUGCUUAACCUGGUAGCAGUGACGGGCCAAAUUUGUGCCAUGAUUUUAACCCCCCAAAAUAGAUGAUACAUAACCUGAUCACAAAUGCUUUGAUAUAUAUUAUGAAAUGGUUUGUGUGAGGGGUGAUUUUUUUUCAUUUUUCUCGCUUAGAGGGACCAUUAAGAAUCAUGAUCCCUGCUGCUACUGGGCUAAUUUACCUGUAAGCUUGCUGAUUUUUUAAGUGGAUACAUGAUCCACAUUUUGGGGCUAUUUGAAUAUUUUUAAUACGUGGGUUUUUAAAUGGAAAUAAAAUUAAUUCAUACA